AUGGAGAAAGACAGUGAUUUGAAUGUUUUCCUCAAAAGUUUUGAAAAGGUCUGCAGGCAAUUCCAACUAUGGACUAAGUAUCUGACUCCAGGACUAAGAGGCAAAGCACUGGAGGUGUUUGCAGCAUUACCCACGACUGUGGAUCAAGAUUAUGAGGCUAUUAAAAAGGCCUUAAUCCAACUGUUUAACCUCACCCCAAAGGUAUACCGAAAACGGUUCAGGACUUUGCAGCGCACAGGUACUGACAGCUACUCAGACCUGGCUGUUGAACUAAGGAAUCACUUCAGGCAGUGGACCCAGGGAUGGGGUAUUACCACUCUGGAAGACCAGGAGGAUCUGAUGCUCCUGGACCAGUUCCUCCACACCUGUUCUAUGGAAGUGAGACAGUGUAUUCUGGAACGGGAGCCCAGGACCCUGGAUAAAGCUGCCCAGAUUGAGGAUGUAUAUGCUGCCAUUCUAGUGCCAGAGACACGGAAGCCUGCUGUGCCAGGUUGGAAGGGGGAAAAAACCCCUGUUAACACCUUUACCCCUACUCGCAGAUCUCCAGGAGUUACCCCUACCCCAGUCCCCAGGCCUGCCGUGGAUAACCGCAGGUGUUUUGUGUGCAACCAUGUCGGGCAUAUCAGCACUGCUUGCACAGAAAAGAGAAAAACCACCCCUUUGCCCAAACCAUCUAUUUCGUCCUCAGCAGUUUUGUUUGUGGGUGGGAAAAUACAAGCGUUCAGUGUGGGCAACACACUGGGACUAAGGGACACUGGUCCCGAGAUGACCCUCGUGCGCCCAGAGCUUGUCAAUUCAGAGGACCUCAUCCCCGGAAGUACGCUAACCGUUGCUGGAGUUGAAGGUCUAACCCCUGCUUUACCCAUGGCCCAGGUUUACCUGGAUUGGGGGGCGGGAAGAGGGAUGAUGGAAGUGGGGGUGACAGAUAAGAUUCCCACUAAUGUGUUACUAGGAACUGAUCUGGGACGCUUAGUCUCUAGGUAUAUUCCCUCCGACAUUGGGGAGGACGCAGGCGUGCGUGCAGCCCCAUGUGAGUUGGCACCGGUCACCUGUGGUGAUAUUGAGACCGUGCCUACUACAAAAUGUGAUGACUUUGUGUUUACCAAUGUGUUAGAAUUGCAUAAUGAUACUGUGCUUAGUGAUAACCUGAACGUAGUAACCAAUGCAUUGGGUGAAGUUUGCACAACUAACAAUAAUGUAAAAGGUGAUACAUGUCCAUCAAAAGAUAAUAGCUUGUGUAGCGGUUUAGUGGCAGAAAAUGUCAUAAAGAUGCAUGAAGUUCCUGUCACAUCCAUAUCCACCCUCCUCCACCGAGAGAGGGAGAAUGGUGUGUCCAUUUCUUCGGUAACCCGUAGUCAGGGUGCCCAGGAGGCCAACUCAGGUCUUGGUUCUGGGCCCCCUACUAUCUUGGCUGUAGAAGAAACGAAGCGAGCUGGCAGUGAACAGCCAGGGGCUGGGAUCAGUCAGAAUGUGGUGUUAUCCACCAGCACAGACCCGGACCGUCGCUUGUUUCUGACUGCCCUACACAAUGAUGACAGUCUGCAGAAGCUGCGGGAGAUGGCUGGUCGGACCCCUGAGGAAGGAGACAAAGAAAUCAUAACCUGGGACCAGGGGAGGCUGUAUAGGCAAAGUGUUCUCACUGGCCCCCAGCAGCAUAUCUUUAAAGACAGGCAACUAUUGUUACCUCGGCAGUUCCGGGAGCAACUCCUACGGAUUGCCCACGAAAUACCACUAGUUGGUCACCUAGGGAUUCGUAAAACGAAAAGCCGUCUAAAACAUAACUUUUACUGUCCCGGUUUGGGGAAUAAUGUGGCGGAUUACUGCCGUUCCUGUAUUGUGUGCCAAAGGAUGGGGAAGGCAGGACCUGGGCAUCGGGCCCCCCUCAUUCCUUUGCCCAUCAUUGAGGAGCCUUUCUAG